CUUCCGUGAUUCAAGUUUGACUCGGAGGGGAUCGAGUCAGUCGGAGGCGGUCGAUACCCGACUCCGCGGCGCUUCUCCCUUUUCCAUGGCGGAACCGUCGCGGAAGCCCGACGUCUCUCUUCCUCCUCCACCGGCUGUCGCCCCGCCGCGGGGCGGCGACCGCGACUUCCUCGUCCACCUCGAAGCCUACCUCGCCCGCCGCGACGGUGUCGACAAGCUUCUCAAGAUCUCCCGCUACGCCGCCAAGAUCGCCCUAUCCGCCCCUUCUUCCCCCAUACCCCCUGCCCUCGCUCCCCGCCUUAAGGCCUUCGAAUCCAGCGUUGGCCUUAGCCGCAAGGCCUUCCGCCUUGGCAAGUUCGUCCAGGAUCUCAACGCCCUCCGCGCCGCCACCGGUGGCGCCCUCAACCCCACCGAUCGCCUCCUCGCCGCUGUCGCCUACGGCGGGGAGGGCGUUUACUACUUCGUGGAGCAGUUCGUCUGGCUCUCCAAGGCAGGCCUCAUACCCGCGGAGCUUUCGCGGCGGUUUCAGAAGAUCAGCGCUUGGGCGGAGCUCAUCGGCUACUUUGGCAGCGUCGCUUUGAAGGCUAGGGAGCUGCGAAAGAUCAGCUCUUUGAUCCAAUCGCGAAUCGAGAGCGGGAAAUCAGCCGAUUGCGAUGAGGAGAUCAGGAAAUUGAGGACGAAAUUGCUGUUGAAGCAACUCUCGGUCAUUCAAGACCUCGCCGACGGUCUGAUGGCUCUCGGAGACGUGAGGGAUGGGGAGGGGUUCCUCUCGAGUUCGCUGCUGAUGGCUUCGGCCGGCCUCCUUUCAGCUCUCAUCAGCACCCACAAGAAUUGGACUUCUUGUUGACCGGGAGGCAGGUAUAAGAUGCGAAUUAGGAAAACUUGCAGAAAGAGAAUUUGGAAGAAGAGAGUGACUAAUGGUGGGAUAUUACCAUUUCUCAAUUUCAUAUACUUCAUGAAGUUCUCCCCAAGCUGCAUUUUCAAAAAGUACAUGUACCCUGAAAAUUACAUGGUUUUGAAAAUGUUCGUGCUCAUGGAGGAGUGUAUUCAGGUGAUUCAUUUGAGUUGUAAUUUUUCUUUUGUUGAUUAGAUGAGUCCUGGUGAAUUAUUUCAGUCUGAUGUUAUGUUUGGGAGUUUACUCAUACUCUAUUGUUGGAUCAAGUCUGGAUGUGUAUGAUUAAGCUGAGGUUUCUUCUAACUAUUGAAUUGGCUAGUUUCAGUUUUUGAA